UGCCUCCAACGUGGGUCCGCGGCUGGAAAGCACGAGCCGUUUAAUAUUAACGAGGCAGCUUUCGGCUGCGAUCGCCUCCUGUAUCGGCUGCCGUGGGCCUCCUGAGAUCUGUUUUCUCUUGGUUGUGUGAAACCGGGGUUGGAAGCUCGCCGCUGCAAUCAACCGACCGAUCGCCAGACGGACGAACUGGGCGACCGACCGGCAAGGAGUGGGGGUGUCGCUACUUUGGAUCGCUUCUUUCCCCUCAAGCCACGGCCCGCCAGUACUUCAAGAUGGCGGCGCUGGAGGUGCGGCGCUGCCUGGCGGCGCUGCUCUUGGUGCUGGCAUAUUCGUCUUCAACGCCGGUUUCAUGUGCUGGACUGGGACGUGGAAGGGUCGGUUCCGUUACCCGGAGCCCCGCGGCCUUGCCCUGCCUUUCGGGCUGUACGUGCACCGGAGAGCUGUUGGACUGCAGUAAGCAGGCCUGGACUCGGAUUCCUCAUCAACUGCCUGCCUGGGUCGUCUACCUAAAUUUGAGUUACAAUAAACUGGCUGCAAUCAAUCCCUCUGCUUUCACAGAAUUGCCCAACCUUCGUGAAGUGCGACUUGAUCAUAAUGAAUUGACUACGAUCCCCGAUAUGGGACUUGCUUCAGCACACCUGGUCGUUCUCUAUCUGCAUCACAACAAGAUCCGCAGCAUUGAGGCCAAUCGCUUGAAGCUCUAUGAGUCCCUAGAAACAUUGGAUCUAACUUACAAUGAAAUAACUGAAAUCCAAAAUAAUUGCUUUCCACAGCAUCUUAAGAUUAAAGAUUUAUAUUUGGGUAAUAACAGAAUCAGUAUUAUGGAGCCUGGCACAUUUGAUAAUUUAUCAAACACCUUACAAGUUCUUCGGCUAAGCAAAAAUCGAAUUUCACAUCUGCCUGUUAAGGUCUUCAAGUUGCCACAUCUGGUGCAACUUGAAUUGAACCGCAACAGAAUACGUCUCAUCGAUGGUCUAACAUUUCACGGACUAGACAACUUGGAGGUUCUUAAGCUGCAGCGGAAUAACAUCAGUAAACUUAUGGAUGGAGCCUUUUGGGGUCUUGCCAAGAUGCAAGUUCUACAUUUAGAAAACAAUAUCUUGAAUGAUGUGACAAGUGGCUGGCUUUAUGGAUUGUCUUCUCUGCAGCAGCUGCUCUUGAGCUAUAACAGCAUCUCUCGAAUAAACCCUGAUGCCUGGGGAUUCUGCCAGAAGCUAGUAGAACUGAACCUUUCCCACAACAGCCUGAUGAGAUUGGAUGAGUCAAGUCUAGUGGGGCUGAGUGGACUGCAGUCCCUCCGCUUAAGCCACAAUUCAAUCAAUCAUAUUGCAGAUGGAGCUUUUAAAGGAUUAAGGAGUCUGCAACUAUUGGAACUUGACAAUAAUGAAAUCUCAGGAAUAAUAGAAGAUACAAAUGGGGCCUUUGCUGGUUUGGAUAAUCUAAGCAAGCUAACACUGUUUGGAAACAAGAUCAAAUCUGUAGCCAAGAAGGCAUUUGUAGGACUGGAGGCCCUUGAACACCUAAACUUGGGGAAUAAUAUGAUCAGAUCUAUUCAGGGAGAAGCAUUUUCCAGAAUGAAGAAUCUAAAAGAAUUGUAUAUGAAUAGUGAUAGUUUUUUGUGUGAUUGUCAACUAAAAUGGCUGCCGCAGUGGCUUAUAGCAAGAGACUUCCAGUCUAAUGUAGUUGGCACAUGUGCUCAUCCAGAAUCACUGAAGGGAAAAAGUAUUUUCAUUGUGCCUUCAGAAAGUUUUGUUUGUGAUGACUUUCCAAAACCUCAAAUCAUUGUUCAGCCUGAGACAACCAUGGCUAUGCUGGGCAGAGACAUUCAUUUUACUUGUUCAGCAGCAAGCAGUAGUAACUUGCCAAUGAUAUUUGCAUGGAAAAAGGAUCAUGAGAUUCUACAUAAUGCUGAGAUUGAAAACUUUGCACAUGUUCGAGCAAAGGAUGGUGAAGUAAUGGAAUAUACCACCAUUCUUCAUUUAAGAAAUGUGAAAUUUUCAGAUGAAGGAAGAUAUCAGUGUAUGAUAACUAACAAUUUUGGCUCAACCUACUCUACUCGAGCCAAGCUUACAGUCAAUGUAUUGCCGUCAUUUAUUAAAACUCCAAGAGAUAUAACAAUUAGAGCGGGAGCCAAUGCUCGACUUGAAUGUGCAGCCACUGGCCACCCUGCUCCACAGAUUGCUUGGCAGAAGGAUGGAGGAACAGAUUUUCCAGCGGCUCGUGAAAGGCGGAUGCAUGUGAUGCCUGAGGAUGAUGUUUUCUUUAUUGUGGAUGUAAAAACUGAAGAUAUGGGAGUUUACAGCUGUACAGCUCAAAAUAUUGCAGGUGCUAUUUCAGCAAAUGCUUCCCUCACAGUACUAGAAACUCCUUCAUUGAUUUAUCCCCUUGAAGAUCAAACAGUGGUCAUUGGUGAAACUAUUGCUCUGCAAUGCAUGGCAUCUGGAAGCCCAUCUCCACGAAUAACCUGGUUAAAAGGGGAUGAGCCCCUUGUGGUUACAAAGAGGCAUCACUUCACACCUGGAAACCAGCUGCUAAUCAUACGAAAUGUGGUGUCAGAUGAUGGGGGAAAAUAUACAUGUGAGAUGUCUAAUCCACUUGGCACUGAACGAGCUCACAGUCAGCUCAGCAUUUUACCAUCAUCGGCUUGUGUUGUGGGACAAAACAAACAGGAUGGAACAAUGACUGUGGGCAUUGUCGUCAUUGCAGUAGUCUGCAGUAUUGUAAUAACCUCACUAGUAUGGGUGUGCAUCAUCUACCAGACCAGGAAGAAGAGUGAAGAAUACAGUGUAACAAAUACAGAUGAAACCAUCGUACCACCAGAUGUACCCAGUUACCUCUCCUCACAAGGGACACUUUCUGAACGUCAGGAUACUUCUGUCAGGGUAGAUGGGAGUAGCAAUUUGCAACUAGCAGCAACUAUUCCUAAUGGACAUACAGACACCAGUGGUGUAUGUCGGUCUGAUGCUGGAAGCUGUGCAGAUACAGACAGUCAUAAUAUUCACAAUAGGAAAACAAAAUAUUGUGUUGGAUGUAAUAUAAAAGAUGGAUGUAAAAAUGUGACAGAAGGAAGACUGGGCUCAGAAAAAAUAGGUACAUGGCAUUUACCUACAGCUUCAAAGCACACAGAAGUCUGCAUUGAACAGUUUGACAAUGCUAACACCUACCCAAAGGAAUUGGAAACCUCGAGCUCUUAUAGAAGUGUGGAUUGCUGUCCUGAAGAAGAUGCAAAAGCACAGAAUAGAAUCAGUGCAGGACUUUUAAAUCAUUAUCCAUGCAAUGGGACUUUGAGUAGUAUGAAAGAGAGGGAAAAGCCUAUUUAUCCUAGUAAUCACGAUAGGAUGACAUCACAGCCUCAAAUCCUAGCAAAAGAUAUGCCUUCUCAAUCUGUGCAGUUAACUCAAGAACUUCACAAUCCUGUACAUCUUCCAUCUCUGGAGGCCUUGGACAAUUCAGCACUGUUGUGUGAGAAACCUCGGACUUUAUUGCACAGUGACACUGAAAUUGACAUUAAACAGACUUUGCUAUUUAAUGGACAGUUACCACAUUCUUGAUACUUUGCCUGAAAAGCAGAAUUGCAGAUGAAUGCAAACUUACAAUUGUGCACUGAAAUAUUACGUCAGCUUUUUGUUACUACCUCACCUUCUUUAGCUUACCUCUCCAAGAUGAAGAGAUGUGGCAGGAUGCAGCUUGUAUAGGGGAAAAGGCCUAUUCGAGCAUUCUUUAAUUGUGUAUAUAUAUUUUUUUAAGCUUCCUUGAGAAGAAUUAGUAGCUCAGCAGUUUACUUGCUUCUGAAGCAUGUAAAUGCAUGGAAAAAUGUAUAAAGGAAUGUUUUGUUUAAUAUGUUUGUAUAUAAGAGUUUCAUAUGUAUCUUUUACAAAAGAUAUUUUAAACGUAUUUAGUGCAUGAAUAACAUGAUUUUUUUUAAGAAUUUUUGAAAAUUUCUCCUAUUUGGUUGCUGUUGUAAAAGUUUGUAAUACCUUCUGGUGCCUUAUUACAAGAGGUUAUAAUGAAAGUAACAUUGAUAGGAUAAAUCCACUUAUCUUUGUUAUAAAGGUGAGAUGUAUUUGUCUACAAAAUUCCUGCGAAUUGCACAAAUUUGAUAAGGAUUUAUCAUUGACAUUUUCAAACAGUUUUUUAUAAAGCUAACACUUCAGUCGUUGUUACAAAGUGCCCUAUUGAACCAUAUUUCAGAUAUUACAGAAAAUCACCCAAAACUAUCUGAUCACAGGAUUCAAACAUAAUAGAAUUUGUAUUGGCAUUUACCAUCAGCCAAUAGGACACUGGAUACAUUGAAAAUGCAUCUUAUAAACUACUUGUCUUGUUCAGUUAGUGCUCAGCAGGGGUUCCUGACCUGGGGUUUACGGACCUCUUGCUUAGUUACGUUAGUCCAUGGCAUUAAGAAAUGGCUGGGAACCCCUGUUCAACAUGAAAAAUUGGGGGACUGUAUUGAUUAAAAUAGUGUUUAGGAUUUAACUAAACACUGCUGCAGCAGUCCAAAUUUACAACAGUUUGUUACUUAGAAGCUAGGAAGUUUUAAUUAAAAAUGAAAAAAAUUUGGAAACAGAUGUUCAAUUUUAAGUAGCAUGCAGCUUUACAAUUUAAAGUCUGAUAACAUCAUAUCCUUGCCUAUAUAUUUCCAUAAUAAAUCUGCCUCAGACACCAAGUAAAAUGGCUGUCCAUCAGUAUUUCCUUUUAUAUAUUGCCAGAACAGACACUGCUAAGCUGCUUAAUGAAGGCAAAUCAAGGAAGUGUUACUUUUCUGCACAAAUAUUUAUUUAUACAAUUUGCUAAAAAUAUACAUAUUACAAAUGUAAAAUAUAGAAAUGUCUAACAAAAUGAAGUGUCUAAUAAAAAAUCAAUUUAUUAUA